AUGUCAAUUGCAGUCUGUGAAACAGAUCAUAUCUAUUACGCGUAUCCUCUUUCAUCCUUAAUGUUUCCACCUGGCUUUACAAUCUAUGCAUCACUCGCAACACUUGUACAUUUCCUUAUAGUUAUCCCAUUCCAUCAGAUUUUAGCUCUUUAUUUUGUCGAAAACGGUGUAUUGAAGUUGGCCUCUACAAAAGGAAGACAAAUAGACGAUACAGAGAAAUCUAGUGUUAAAAAACCAGAUGAACCAAGCGAAUUCAGUGCAUCGACAUCAGGAACAGCUCAAAUUCUUAAUCCAGAACCUUUAUUAGGAACUCCUGAAGUCAAGAAGCCAAAAUACUCACGAAAGAUCCUAAUAUUCUUCUCAUUCGUCAAUCAAUUUACAAUAUUUGCCCUCCUCGGCAUCAUUUGGAGUGCAAUUGGAAAAACAUUCCCAGAAUUCUUAGAUACUUACAUAGGAAGACUUGAAAUGGGUACAUAUGCGGCAGGAUUGUUCUGCAAUGGUGUAGUUAUGUGGUACCAUCCUUUCAAAGGUGCUCCAGUCUUAGAUUUGAUCUUUUCUAUUAUUUGUCACUUUUGCAUUUCUCCAGUUUUGUCUGGAGCAUUCUCUGUAUUGCUCAAGCAAGACAAGAAUAUCACAAAGUAUUUGUUAUUCGCAAACAUUGCUCCAACAUCUAUUUAUGGCUACCAAUUGUCUCAGAAUUUGAUGUUCGGUGAUUCUAUUAUUUCUUACACACUUUACUGGACAUCAUUCUUGAUCCUCCCUGUCAACUUGAUUUUAACUGCUAUAUUAAACCUUACUAAAUUGUUUGAUUAA